AUGAAGUCGAAGCCAAACGGAAAAGGUUCGAAAACGGAGAGACUUUCAGUCACAGCUUUGCUUGCACGCAUGGAUCAGAAACACGACAAGAGUUCAUCAUCAUCCAGUUCCAACGCUGCUCCAAACCCUUCUUCCUACACUUAUGGCAUAGAUUUUCCUCCUCCUUAUGUCGAAGACGCCUCUGAUGAGAAACAGGAACAGACUGUUGCAAGGAGGAAUCACAAGCCUGAGCUUGAUAUCCAUAUAUCUGAUAAGGAACUAAAGAGGCGAGCAAAGAAAGAAAGAUCAGCUUUCGAGAAUGCAGAGAUUGCAAAGAGUGAGGCCUCGAAGGAGAACCUUGAUGCAUUCACGGUUGUUAUCGGAAGCAAGGCUUCGGUGCUUGAGGGACAAGACACCGCGAAUGCGAAUGUUAAAGAUAUAUCCAUCGAUUCUUUCUCUGUAUCUGUUUGUGGGAAAGACCUUCUGAAGAAUGUAUCUGUCAAGCUAUCACACGGAAAAAGAUACGGCUUGGUCGGUCCGAAUGGAACGGGGAAGUCGACAUUGUUAAAGCUUUUAGCAAGCAGGAAGAUUCCAGUUCCCAAGAAUAUCGAUAUGCUUCUUGUUAAGCAAGAAGUGGUCGCGGAUGACGAGACGACUGCUCUGGAAGCAGUUGUUUCUGCCAAUGAAGAGUUGGUUAAGUUAAAGGAAGAAGCUGAAGCUCUGGAGAAAAGCGGCGAUGGAGAAGAUGGUGAUUCUGGACAGAAGCUUACUGAAGUGUAUAAGAGGCUAAAGGAAUUGGAUUCAGAUUCUGCUAAAGCACAAGCGGCCAAGAUUCUUGCGGGGUUAGGUUUCACAGAAGAUGAUCAAAAGCGUCCAACGGGAUCAUUCAGCGGUGGCUGGAGGAUGCGAAUAUCGUUAGCUAGAACGCUCUUUAUGCAACCUACUCUUUUGUUACUAGAUGAACCCACGAACCAUCUUGACCUAGAGGCUGACUUCCUCAACACGGUCUGCACGAACAUGAUAGCUCUGCAUGACAAGGGUCUCCACUCCUUUCGUGGUAAUCACGAUGACUAUAAAAGCGCGUACGAGAAGCAAUGCAACGAGGUGAAUAAAAAGCUUGAGAUUCGAAAGAAACAGGAUGAAGCAGCUAAGAGGUCUGGAGACGUGGCUCAGCAGAAGAAGGCAAAGGACAAGAGUAAGACAAAAGGUGAAGAGGGCCCAGCUCCAAGGAAGUCGAAGAAGGUUGUGUUGGAUUUUUCAGAACCGACCUUCUCUGCUUCUUCUCUUCUGAGACUAAUCGAGGUUAGCUUCUGCUACCCGGAGAAGCCAGAUUUCAGGCUCUCGAAUGUUGAUGUAAGUAUCGAUAUGGGGACACGGGUUGCUAUAGUUGGUCCUAACGGAGCUGGGAAGUCCACUCUUUUGAAUCUUCUUGCGGGAGAUUUAGUUCCAACGGAGGGUGAAGUGAGGAGAUGCCAAAAGCUGAGGAUUGGUAGGUAUUCUCAGCACUUUGUUGACCUGUUAACAAUGGAGGAGACACCGGUUAAGUAUCUUCUCCGCCUUCAUCCCGACCAAGAGGGGUUUAGCAAGCAAGAGGCCGUGCGUGCGAAGCUAGGCAAGUUUGGGCUACCAAGUAACAACCACGAAACUCGGAUCACGGAUCUGUCUGGUGGACAAAAGGCUCGGGUUGUCUUCACCUCAAUCUCCAUGUCGAAGCCACACAUUUUGCUUCUUGACGAGCCUACCAAUCACUUAGACGAGGAGACUAUAGACGCGUUGGCCAAUACACUGGAUAAGUUCACAGGAGGAGUUGUGUUGGUGAGUCACGACACGAGUCGAGUCGUGUCGCGUGUCUGUGAUGACGAGGAAAAGGGUCAAAUUUGGGUUGUAAAAGACGGAACCGUGACUUUAGGCACAUACGAAGAGUACAUCGAAAACCUGCAGAGUUAA